AUGUCAUGCACACCACCUGCAGCACUGCAAUUUCUGACCCAAGACCCUGCGGACGGCAUCCCCGUGAAGGAGGUGGCACCGUUCCUCCGCAGUCUGCGUAUCAUGCUAAACACCGAGAACCCACGCAUCUUACGGUGGACGAUGGAUGGCAAAGCUUUUGAAAUCCACGAUAUGGCUGCCAUGGCUCGACAUGUGCUGCCAAAGUAUUUCAAGCACCGCAAGUACGCGAGCUUUCAACGGCAGCUCAACUACUUCCACUUUCGCAAGUGGACCAAAUCUCGCGCCAUCGUGUGCACGUUCUCGAACCAGUUUUUCCAGCGCGACCAGCCCGCGCUAACGUGGCACAUUACGCGCAAGCGCUCGUUGUCUCCGACGAAAAACACAUUGUCCCGAAGCAGUUCCGUCAAAGAGGAUGGACGAGCUCCGUUGGCACUAAUGGCGCCAGAUCUGCAGCUCAACCCCGUGAAGCAGACAACAUUGGAACCAGAUACGAUCGAUGGAGAUGCGUCGCUUGCAUGGGUCGACGCACUGUACCUAGAGUUGGAGCUGGAUCUACCUGACGACAUCGACCCUACCUCCACAAACUGCUGUUUGCUGACGGAACCGCUAUGGCUCUAG